AUGCUUGCAUUGAUUGAUCCAUUUGCUCAUCCUAAGACUAGGUCUUGGAAACUAGAAGGGGUGAACGAAGAUUGCUGCUCAUGGGAAGGCGUUGAGUGCAACGAGGACACAGGUCAUAUGAUUGGCCUUGACCUCAGUAGCAGUUGUCUCUAUGGUUCCAUACUUCCAUGGUCUCCAACAGCAGCCUUUUACGCCUUGUUCAACUUCAAAGGCUUAAUCUUGCUGAUAACGACUUCAACUUCUCCCAGAUGCCGUCUUUCUCGUUUAACAUAUCUCAACCUCUCCAAUUCAUUGUUCUCUGGCAACAUUCCAUCAAAGUUCUCAGACCUUUCCAAGUUAACAUCCCUUGAUUUGUCAUAUAAUUCUAGGCUACAUCUAAGAAGCCUAAAGGAUUUAGUUCAAAACUUAACCGGCCUAAAAGAUCUACGUCUCAGGGUGACUUUCAAUGAAGAUCUCGCGGGUUCUUUGCCAGAAUUCUACUUUAGCAGCCCUCUUAAAAUCUUAUGGCUUUGGGAUACUGCUUUCUCUGGGAAACUGCCGGCUUCAAUUGGAAACCUUGAUUCCUUGAAAGAACUGUACAUUGGGGUCGGUAAUUUCUGGGGUAGCACUCCACCUUCAAUUGGUAACCUUACAAGACUCACUACUUUGUUAUCAGGAUCAAUUCCAGAUUCAUUUGGUAACCUUACUCAACUUACUCAUCUAGGCCUUUCCCAAAACUUUAUCAGAAUUUUGGACCUUAGGUUCAACAAGCUACAAGCGUUACCCCAAAUUCCACCGCCAGCCACUACGGUUUAUUUGGUUGCAAACAACAUGAUUCAAGAACAAAUUCCAUCACAGAUCUGUAGCCUUAGUUCUCUGUAUUCCAUUGACUUGUCCAACAACAAAUUCAGAGGCAUACUUCCUGAUUGUUUGAGAAACUUCAGUAGCUCGUUGAGCAUAUUGAAUCUUCGAGGCAACAUUUUUCAUGGUGUGAUUCCUCAACUAUGUGCAAAGGGAAGUAUAAUAAAGAUGACUGACUUGAGCCAAAAUCAAUUCACAGGGAUUCUUCCAAGAUCAUUGUCAAAUUGUGGAAUGCUAGAGAUUUUGAAUCUUGGAAGCAAUCAGUUGAAAGAUGUUUUCCCUUCAUGGUUGGGAACACUUCCUGAACUAAGCGUACUUAUUCUGCGACAUAAUGGAUUCCAUGGGGUGGUGGGGAGUCCUACAACAAUGUUUGAAGCUCCCAAGUUGCACAUUCUUGAUCUCUCCGCAACUAAAUUUACAGGACCUAUACCAUAUGGUAAACAGUUUAAUACAUUUGACACUAGUUCAUUUGAUGGAAAUUUGGGAUUAUGUGGAUAUCCAUUGUCAAAGAAGUGUGAAAAUCUUGAGCCUGCUGCUCUACCCACUUCAAACAUUGAAGAAGAUCAAGACUCAUGGUUUCACAUUGAAUUUGAUUGGAUAAUAGUCCUAAUGGGAUAUGGUAGUGGCGGGCUUGUAAUUGGGGUGGUUGUUGGAAUCAUUGUGUUAAAGAAGAAGCAACAUUGGUUUGUAAGAACUUGGAAGAGGCAACUUUGUUAG